AUGAAGUUAUCUUCUGCAUCUAGGAAAAUCCAACUUUGUAUGCUUUUAGCUAUGGUCACUUCAUUUGGUCCUCUGUUGCCUUUAGUCUUAUCCUGUGACAUAUUCUCUUGCUCGACUUGGUAUUUAGUUUUUAACCCCUUUAUUUAUUACUUCAGAAUCCAUGCAGGUGGUCGCCAUCGGCAUGCUUUCAUCGGCAUUGGAUUUCGAGAAAGAACAGAGGCGUAUGAUUUCCAAGCAGCCCUGCAUGACCAUAUGAAUUACUUGAACAAAAAGAAAACUACGGAAGAGAUGGAGCAGCAGUUCCAGAACACUUCCACAGUUGAUUACAUUUUAAAGGAGGGGGAGACCAUUGUUCUUCAAUUAAAGAAUACUCAUGGAGGUGGUUCUAGUGUGAAGUCGAAAGCUUCGGAGCUCGGCAUCGGCAAGCUGUCUUUGGCAGACAAAGGCAACCAGAAAGAUCCCAUCCUUAGCAUCAAACCACCACCACCUCCACCGGAAUCACUUUCACCUGUAGGUAGCCCUCUUUAGUCACCUCCACAGUCUCCAUCAUCAC